UUUCUCUUUUAUGUAUUGCAACAAGGUAGCCUUCAUGCUGCGCCGACUACGGACAAUAAACAGCAAGGAGCCUCCUGUUUCGCCACGAGUGAACCCGACCCACUCCCGGACCCCAGUACAUCCAGUGUCAAUGUAGUCGUUAUUGGCGCCGGUUCAGCAGGACUCAGCGCGGCACAAGACCUAAUCACAGCCGGAUUCAGCGUCACCCUACUGGAGGCGUCCAAUCGCUACGGCGGACGGCUGUGGAGUGUUCCUAGCCAAACCGGACAAGGAUGGAUCGAAAUGGGAGGCCAGUGGGUGCAUGGCAAUAAUCAACCUUUGUAUAAUCUUGCCCAGGCAAAUGGCUUACUGGCGACGGACAAUGAGCGGCAGAUAUUCGCUCGCGUCAGUGAUACUGACAACAUGUUUACACUACUCAAUGCCGAUGGUACUGCGGUGAGCGAUUCGCCGUCGCGUAUUCGUAUUUAUGGAGCCAUUGACGAUACAGUCUGGGAAGAUUCGCAAUUCAACUCGCUACUCGCUCAGAAGGACUUAUCUUUCGGACAACAUCUGAUGAACUCCUACCAGACUGUAUUAAAAACAGUUUCCGCCGAUAAGCGUUCAGCGGCGGAACAAGUUUUCGAUGCUUAUGUCAGAGAACAAAAAGAGGACUACGGAGCCGCCAACUUCUUCGACAUUAGCGUCCAAUCAGCGACCAACAUCACCAUCGAAGGUCCAGACUCCACUGACCUAAACGUGCCUUACACUAACGUGUUGAACCUGUGGGCGCCCGACGCCGUUACCAAAGUGCAGUUUAAUUCACUGGUCCAACAAAUCCGUUUUGACCCUUCCGCAACCAAACCGAUGACAGUUGUUCUGUCGUCGGGCGCACAAAUUAGCGCGGAUCACGUAAUUCUGACAGCGUCCCUAGGACACCUGAAAGCGCAUCUCGACGAUAUGUUCAGUCGGCCGCUGUCAGAUCGUAAACGCUUGGCGAUCCAAAGUGCCGGUUUUGGGACUUUGGGAAAGUUGCAUCUGGUGUAUGAUACGCCGUGGUGGGAAGAUAAAACGUUGGAUUAUUGGACGUAUUUGUAUAACACCGGCAAUGAUCUCAGUAUCGACCCAAAUAAAACUUACCUGGGUGCACCGUGGACAAGAGCCAUUGCUUCGUUUUUGGUGGCCCCCACAACCAAAAAAACUUUGGUAAUAUUAACGGGUGGACCGCAGGCUGUUCAAAUGGAGCAGCUCUCCGAUUCGGACAUUUCAAGCACGAUUACUGCACUUUUCCAGCAAAGCCUUGGGCAAAACGUGCCAGCACCCACAACCAUUAUAAGGGCGAAGUGGUCGCAGAAUGAUCUUUUCCGGGGAACGUACAGCCACAUAUCCCUAGCAAUGGUUAAGAGAGGACUGACCAUUGAUGAUCUGGCGAGCAGUGAAUAUUUGUAUCAGCGGAACGUUAAUGGUGAAACGGUGCAGCUUCCCGGAUUAAUGUUUGCCGGAGAAGCGACACACCCGGAGUACUGGUCAACGGUACACGGUGCGUUGCUGUCCGGGCAGCGGGAGGCGCAAACGCUGAAAGACAUUUACACAAGUGCAUAACAUCCCAGUGGGACAUUUCUGCCUUGAGUAGCUCUUCCUGGUUUUAUUCUUUUUAUGACCCAGCCUUUAGGUGAUAAUAGUACGGUAUCCAGUUAGAGUGUAGAAGAAACCUUUUGAUAUUUGUUUUGUCAUCUGUUAACGCGCUGGAAUAUUUGUAGUAUUAAACUGGAAACACCUG